CGCUUCCUCUCGCGCCAAGAGAAGAUAUUUAGUAUUUUCUAGACAUCCUACACAGGCAGCUAACAUCACUGUCGAGCAGCUCGCUCUCGGCGAAAGAAAGCCAGGUGGUUUUUGUGUUUUGUUUUGUUUUGUUUAGCGUUUAAUUUAUCACAAUGUCCAGUGAAGAGGAAGCGAGCAUAGACGAGCAGCAGGAAAUGCAGGACACUGUUGUAAGUCCGGAGAAGGCUGAAGAGGCCAAACUCAAGGCCCGUUACCCCCAUCUGGGGGUAAGACCUGGUGGGUCAGAUCUACUGCGGAAGAGACUAACGAAGGGGCAAAAAUACUUUGACUCGGGCGACUACAAUAUGGCCAAAGCCAAGAUGAAGAACAAACAGCUUCCCACGGCGGCAGCUGAGAAGACAGAGAUAACCGGAGACCACAUUCCCACCCCCCAGGACCUCCCGCAAAGAAAGCAAUCUCUGGUGGCCAGCAAACUCGCAGUCUAAUAAAGACUGAGUCUUGUCUCCAUGCCAUUCCUUUUGUUUUCAUCCUAAUUAUGUAUUUGUGUGUGUUUUUCAUUCCCUUUGCGUUUACUGACUCUCCUGUCUUUUGCCUGUUAAACUGCUCUCAGUAUAACAUAAGUUUUGCUAAGAAUAUGUGUAGACUGCUGCUAGCAUUGCACUUGGAUCUGACUGUGUAGUCAGGUGUAUUAACAACAUCCUUGCCAAGGUUUGAACGUGGUUAUCUGACUGUUUGUGGCAUUUUUUAAGGUUUUAGAUGUUUUUCUCUCUUUCUACCUUUUUGAUGCUUUUCUCAAAACAUUGCCUGUAGGCUUGUAAAAUUACUUGACUCAUAUUCACCUCUUCUGCCAAAACUGUGCCUCUUAUAUGAAACAAAAGGCCGGACCUCAUAAAUGUUUGUCGGUUGACCUGAAGAAGCUCUUAUUUUCUUCUCAAAGAUCGUUACACUUGCUGACUUUGCCAUUACCUGUGAAUUAUGGAUAUGGCCUUAAACUGUCAGUCUGUUUCUUGUGGGUGAUAUUUGGUUGCCCACAUUCGGUGUGUUGAGCCCUUCUCUUGGGUUGCUUCGUUUGUGUUGUUGAACGAUUUAUCCGAGCUGUACAAAAGUUUACUGGCACAACUGUUUCAUUUGUUUUUGAAAAUAAAAUAGUUUUGCACACGUAC